AUGAAGGGCGGCGAGCGGGCGUACUCCCGAGGUCCCUCUGUGGGGUGGCUCGUGGCUAAGUGCUGCUGUUGCUUCCCUUGCAGAGAUGCAUAUUCUCAUUCUUCUAAUGAAAAUGGAGGCAAAUCAGAGUCCGUGGCCAACUUGCAGACUCAGUCCUCCCUGAACUCCAUCCACAGUUCCCCGGGUCCGAAGCGCUCCACCAACACCCUUAAAAAGUGGCUGACGAGUCCCGUGCGUCGGCUCAACAGCGGGAAAGCAGAUGGAAACAUCAAAAAGCAGAAGAAAGUGCGUGAUGGUCGGAAGAGCUUCGACUUGGGAUCUCCCAAACCUGGGGAUGAGACAACCCCACAGGGAGACAGUGCUGAUGAGAAGAGCAAGAAAGGUUGGGGUGAAGAUGAGCCAGAUGAAGAAUCUCACACACCUCUCCCUCCGCCCAUGAAGAUCUUUGACAAUGACCCCACACAGGACGAGAUGUCCUCCUCUUUGCUAGCAGCCCGGCAGGCUACCACAGAAGUACCGACUGCUGCAGACCUUGUCAGUGCAAUAGAAAAGUUGGUCAAAAGCAAGCUGACUUUAGAAGGAGGCUCCUACAGGGGGAGCUUGAAGGACCCCACAGGCUGCCUAAAUGAGGGGAUGACCCCACCCACACCUCCUAGAAACCUGGAAGAAGAACAGAAAGCCAAAGCCCUUAGAGGCAGGAUGUUUGUCCUGAAUGAACUGGUGCAGACAGAGAAGGACUAUGUCAAGGACCUGGGGAUUGUAGUGGAGGGUUUCAUGAAGAGAAUAGAAGAGAAGGGGGUCCCGGAGGAUAUGCGAGGGAAGGAUAAAAUCGUGUUUGGAAAUAUCCACCAGAUUUAUGACUGGCAUAAAGAUUUCUUCCUGGCUGAACUGGAAAAAUGUAUCCAAGAGCAAGACCGAUUGGCCCAGCUGUUUAUUAAACACGAGCGGAAGCUGCACAUCUACGUAUGGUACUGCCAGAACAAGCCACGCUCCGAGUACAUAGUGGCCGAGUAUGAUGCCUACUUUGAGGAGGUAAAACAGGAGAUAAAUCAAAGGCUGACACUUAGCGAUUUCCUUAUCAAGCCUAUUCAGAGAAUAACAAAGUACCAGUUGCUCCUCAAGGACUUCCUGAGAUACAGUGAGAAGGCUGGUUUGGAGUGUGCAGAUAUUGAAAAAGCUGUGGAGUUAAUGUGCCUUGUUCCCAAACGCUGCAAUGACAUGAUGAAUUUAGGGCGCCUGCAGGGCUUCGAGGGCACCCUAACUGCCCAGGGCAAGCUACUACAGCAAGACACAUUCUAUGUGAUCGAGCUGGAUGCUGGCAUGCAGUCCCGGACCAAGGAGCGACGUGUCUUCCUCUUUGAGCAGAUUGUCAUCUUCAGUGAACUGCUCAGGAAGGGCUCCCUCACCCCGGGCUACAUGUUCAAGAGGAGCAUUAAGAUGAAUUACUUGGUCCUGGAGGAGAAUGUGGACAAUGACCCCUGCAAAUUUGCACUCAUGAACAGAGAGACUUCUGAGAGGGUCAUUCUGCAAGCUGCCAACUCAGACAUCCAGCAGGCAUGGGUGCAGGACAUCAACCAAGUCUUAGAAACACAGAGGGACUUCUUAAAUGCACUCCAGUCUCCCAUCGAGUAUCAGCGGAAAGAAAGGAGCUCAGCCGUCAUGCGGUCCCAGCCUGCCAGGGCUCCCCAGGCCAGCCCCAGGCCCUACUCCUCUGUCCCCAUGGGCUCAGAGAAGCCUCCGAAGGGCUCCAGCUACAACCCACCUCUUCCACCUCUGAAGAUAUCUACCUCCAAUGGCAGUCCAGGGUUCGACUACCACCAGUCUGGGGACAAGUUUGAGGCCAGCAAGAACGACCUCGGAGGCUGCAACGGGACCUCAUCCAUGGCGGUGAUCAAAGAUUACUAUGCACUGAAGGAGAACGAGAUUUGUGUGAGCCAAGGUGAGGUGGUGCAGGUCCUCGCCGUCAACCAGCAGAACAUGUGCCUGGUAUACCAGCCUGCCAGCGACCAUUCCCCAGCCGCUGAGGGCUGGGUUCCAGGCAGCAUCCUGGCACCCCUCACCAAAGCCACGGCGGCAGCGGCAGAAAAUAGUGACGGGAGCAUCAAGAAGUCAUGUUCAUGGCAUACUCUACGCAUGAGAAAGCGGGCGGAAGUGGAGAACACGGGUAAAAAUGAAGCCACAGGGUCUCGUAAACCCAAGGAUAUUCUGGGCACCAAAGUCUCUGUUAAAAUCUUAAAUCCAAAUUUCAUUCAAGAAGUGGCCCCAGAAUUCCUUGUGCCCUUAGUGGACGUGACCUGCUUGCUUGGAGACACAGUGGUCCUGCAGUGCAAAGUGUGUGGGCGGCCAAAGCCCACUAUAACAUGGAAGGGUCCAGACCAGAACAUCCUUGACUCUGAGAACAGCUCAGCCACAUACACCGUCUCCUCCUGUGAUUCUGGGGAGAUCACCCUGAAGAUCUGCAACCUGAUGCCCCAGGACAGCGGCAUUUACACCUGCAUAGCCACAAAUGACCACGGCACUGCGUCCACGUCUGCCACAGUGAAGGUGCAAGGUGUUCCGGCAGCCCCCAACCGCCCCAUCGCCCAAGAGAGGAGCUGCACGUCGGUCAUUCUGCGCUGGCUGCCCCCGGCCAGCACGGGGAACUGCACUAUUUCCGGCUACACCGUGGAGUACCGGGAGGAAGGUUCCCAGGUCUGGCAGCAGUCCAUAGCUUCUACCUUGGACACAUACCUCGUCAUUGAAGACCUUAGUCCCGGCUGUCCUUAUCAGUUCAGAGUCAGCGCCAGCAACCCAUGGGGAAUCAGCCUUCCCAGCGAACCCUCGGAGUUCGUGCGACUUCCGGAGUACGAUUCAGCUGCGGAUGGGGCCACCAUUUCUUGGAAGGAAAAUUUUGAUUCUGCUUAUACUGAGCUGAAUGAGAUUGGCAGGGGUCGGUUUUCUAUCGUAAAGAAAUGCAUUCACAAAGCGACCCGCAAAGAUGUGGCUGUGAAAUUCGUGAGCAAAAAAAUGAAGAAGAAGGAGCAGGCUGCCCACGAGGCGGCCCUGCUGCAGCACCUGCAACACCCCCAAUACGUGACUCUCCACGACACCUACGAGUCCCCCACUUCCUACAUCCUAAUUCUGGAGCUGAUGGAUGACGGCCGACUUUUAGAUUACCUUAUGAAUCAUGAUGAACUGAUGGAGGAAAAAGUGGCUUUCUACAUCCGAGACAUCAUGGAGGCAUUACAGUACCUUCACAACUGCAGGGUUGCACAUUUGGACAUAAAGCCAGAAAACUUGCUCAUUGAUCUCCGGAUUCCAGUGCCUCGGGUGAAGCUUAUCGACUUGGAGGAUGCUGUCCAGAUCUCAGGCCACUUCCACAUCCACCACUUGCUGGGGAACCCUGAGUUUGCUGCCCCAGAAGUGAUCCAAGGUGUCCCCGUCUCUCUGGGCACAGACAUCUGGAGCAUCGGGGUUCUCACCUACGUCAUGCUGAGUGGGGUGUCCCCCUUCUUAGAUGAGAGCAAAGAGGAGACAUGUAUCAAUGUCUGCAGAGUGGAUUUCAGCUUCCCCCAGGAAUACUUCUGCGGUGUGAGCAAUGCUGCCCGGGACUUCAUCAACGUGAUCUUACAGGAGGACUUCCGGAGACGGCCGACAGCAGCCACCUGCUUGCAGCACCCAUGGCUACAGCCCCACAACGGCAGCUACUCCAAGAUCCCCCUAGACACCUCCCGCCUAGCAUGCUUCAUCGAACGCCGCAAGCACCAGAACGACGUGCGGCCCGUCCCCAACGUCAAGAGCUACAUUGUCAACCGGGUCAACCAAGGGACAUAGCCUGCUCCCCGCCCCUGAGGUUUCACAUGGAAGCGCGGUAUGAAUCACAGGAAGACUGAAUGUGUGUACAGAACUCUCUCCCUUCCCUUCCUCCAUGUGGUUCUCUGGAUGGAGCAGUGGCGAGUCAGGGUCUGAGCAGAGAGGUCAGAGUCACCCCAAAGCCAGGGGCUUUCUAGAAGUGUGAAGAAAUAAACACAGAGUUACAGCAAGUAUUAGAAGAAAGGGAAAUGGUAAUAAGAUUAUUAGCUGUUACAAAAUUUUAAUUAUACAUUCCAAAAUGAGUGGCUAAGUAGGAAAAAAAAAACCUUAUGCUCACUAUGGGGGGUGGGGACAUAAAAUGUUUCUGACUUUGCUGAAAAUUUAAGCAAAAAAAAAGUUCUAUUUAACAAAGAUGUCAACUAUUCUGGUUUCGAUGACUUAGAUAUAGUUUCUUAAUAGGAUGCAUAAACACAUACAGUAUAAUAGGUCUCAUUCAGGUUUCAGAGUUUUAUAAUAUAGAGUUAUAUAUGAAACCUAUCCUAAAUAACUUCGAGUGCUCUAGUUAAGACAGUAAUUUAUUUACUGAAACAUUACAUUGUUUUGACUAAGCACAAUUAGAUGAAAACUUUUUUAGAACCUUUUAUAAAUCUUGUAUAGAAAUCUUUUACCAGAACCUGUGCAUUAAGAGAAAGCAAUGUUACCCUUUUGCAAUCUGUGAAUAAGAACCCCUCUCCUCCCCUACUCUGGGUCAUGGGUUAUUUGAUUAUGAUAAGUUUAUAUAGAAAAUGCUGCCCCCGAUUCACUGGCAGCUCAGAGUUCAUCUGGCACAAAAGCCUGCCAGGAAAUAAGUCCAAAUCUAGUGAGAGCUGUGAGUUAUUUUGAUGUCUACAUCUGGCUUGAAGUAGGGAAAUGAAUACUACAGGUUCUUACAAGAGGGCACAUAGAAACCUUUCCUAUCGUUCCUAUGAACAAGGUAUCAACACUUUCCGAUGCCUUCUGCACUGGAGACUGCAGUCUUCAGAAAGUUGGCUUGCUUUAUUUCUAACCCUUCAUGAAGUGAUGGGGUGCUUAUUAAAAGGAGGCAGCCAUAUAAGCCUUUUAAAGGCCUGGUCCUAAGUCCUUUUUCGAAGCCAUGGAGAAACCUGAUCCAUCAGCCUAGUAGAGUCUUAACUGAGACUGCAAUAGUUGUCACCACUCAGCCACCCAGACUUCUUUGGACAGAAAGGACUAAGUGUAUCUUAAGACCAAUGCUGCUUUCUGGUGUAUAUUCUCCUUGUAUGAUUGUGAACUGCCCUUCCUUGGGUGGGAAAAAGGUUAAAUCUGGGCAUUUCAUGUUUUGUUUUUGUUAUUGUUUUGGGGUUUGGGGGAGUGGUAGGGGAGGGUUUAGGCAAGAGAGGAGUUCUUCGGUGUUUCUACAUGAUCCAUCCUUUGUUUUCUAGAAUGUGUUUUGUAGGUUGCUUUGAUGCAAAUGAUACUCCAAAACUCGAGUGUUUAUUCAGAUCAGGUUUAAUGGUGUUGCUUUUCUCCUAUGAAGGGAAUUGGGAAAAUUAACAUCAUGCAGCACCGAGGUGCAUGCAGAGUAUUCAUGGAAGUAGAACUGCAAACUUAUUUAAAUGAAAGAGAAAAUGGUGGAAACAAAGCCUGAACUGUAGCCAAGAAAAACACUCAGUUCCACAGUGGAAAUGGAAAAUUGAAAAUGCUCAUCCUUCUUUUCCUUUGAUUUCAACGUCAGAUUUCUCACCCAUCUCCCAUUUCAUCCUGUCCAAGAUUAUAAAUGAAUAAUUUAUUAGAAAGUACAAGCAAUAAGACUAGAUAGCACUUAGUACUUUCGGGAUUAACCAAAUAUGUAGAGACUGACUUUGUGUCUUUUCCUAGUUUUCAAAUGGCCCUGGAUCGUCAAGCCUCCCUCCCUCAGGGUUCUCUAACCCUGACACCAUCAUAUGUAUAUAAACAGAAUACUAUACGAUGCUUACUAAAAAUCCUUUCAGUGAGCAUAUCUUUGUUAUGUCCUAUAGCAUAAAAGCAGAAAGUCCCGUACAUAGGGCUUGUCAUGGGCUAGACUGGCGGCUCUGAGGAGCCUAAAUACCUACAGUGUGUGACUUGGCAAGUUCUCUUCUGUCCAUUGUGGCUGACUUGACUCAACAGCUUCCUGUGGUUUUAUUCUGAAUAGUUCUGCCAGGCUGCAUUUCAGCUGGAUCUGGACAGGAUCUAGUACUGUGGUUCCCAGAUGUGGAAGGAAGGUGGUGUUGAAAUCAGGCUGUGGGGGAGAUGGAUGACACAAUGUAAGACAGAGCCAAAGUUUUCACAUCAGCUUGGACAUCAGGGUUAGGGUGAUCCAGCUGUGGGUGAUGACCCAGAUGUGGAGUGCAUGGAAUUCCCCCCAAGGACCUACAUUGGGGAAGACAGGAAAAGAGAGAUAUAAAAAGGAGAAGUAGUCGGAUGUUCACUGGAGCCAAAGUACAAUUGUUAGACUAGCAGGAACUUAAGAGAAACCCUAAAAGACAGAGAGUAUAUUUUAUAUAGUUUGAUAACAAAGAAAUUGAAUAGGGAAGCUCUCUAUCUGCAAAACUUCUGGUCCCUCCCAACAAGGACAAGAUAAUGGUAUUCGUUCCAGAAUUAUUCAUAAAAAACUGAGGAUAACCAGAAAUGCUUGGAAAUGGGUGUGGGAUAGGUAGUUGAGGUUGCUGUAUGGGCAGCUGUGGUGGGAUCUGGGGCAUGGGGAGAGAGAAUAGGGGAUCCAUCACUCCCUUGGACCUGCCUGUUUUUAUAAGAGAUUUUCUCUUAUUAGGAGAGAAAAGGGGAAAGCAAAGAGAGUUCACUUCUACUGUAGUUAUGGUAGCUCUUAGUGGGACUGAAUUUCCAGCUGAAAUGGAAAAACAACAACAACAAAACAAUAUCUGGCUAAAGUGACAGGUGUCCUGGCUCAUACCCCUUGCAUAGGGUUUAGAGUUGUUCUAUCUUGUGUUGUCAGAUUGAGUAAAGACAGAGAAGAUCAGGGACAGCCCAGGAUCCCUGGUUAGAAGUAUAAUCAUUUCUUGCAUCUUUUAUGUUUGUUCCAGAUUAAAUAGAUUUAUAUCCACUUACAGAUGAAUGUGGUUAAAAAUAUUUAAGAAAAUAAAUUGUAAUGUUGGAGGUGCCCUUCACGUCCCCCCAGCCAUAGACAAUGUAAGGGGGAGGGGAGGGGCAGGGGAGAGAGCUGGCCUCAUGCUUUGUGCUUCACAAAGCCUUUAUAAAUAGCAGUGCCUUUCAGAGGGGAGGAUGGGAGAUGAAGACGUUCUUACAUUUAGAUUUACGGAUAUGGCAGUAUUUUUUUUAUUUUAAUGUAUCUUUUAAACCAGAACAUCUGACUGUAGGGUGGGAGCAGGAAUUCUUGAGUUUCAACCUCAGCUGUUCCAGAUUCAUCCUUUCUUACAGAAAGUCUUCCUUUUUUUAUUCCUGCCCUAAAUGUCACCAUUGAUAAAAUGGGAGUUGGGGGGAAGGAGGGAGGGCAUUAAUCUCAGAAGAACCAUGAGAAACGUUCUUUGUUGUUGAGAAACAUAUAUGAUGCUUUGUUUUCCUUAAAGUGCUACACACUUCCAGUGCUAAGAAUUUUAUUGAUAGUAACUUUGAACAUUCCAGGUUUUCAAUAUUUGUCUUUAGAUAUCAUUUACAAACCCGUGGGGUUAAAUUGUGUAAAUUGCUUUUAAUAGAAGUGCCAGGUAGGUGCUUUUUGUCUAUAUGUUACUUAGUCUUACUCUAUUUUUUGAUCCUUUAAUGGCUUGUCUGCAGAAAAGAGUUUGGAGAGCUGAAUGGGUCUUGAAUGUUCAUAAACUGUUCUACCCAGUAUUUCUUAUGGCAGACAUGAAGUGUAAGAUGCCUUCCAAACAACUGUCAUCUCUGUUUCUGUAACAAUGGACAGAGAAAAACCUAAAUAGCCUCUUUCCACAUUGGGAGGGCAGAAGUAAAUAAAACAUCCUUCAGUGUCACAAUUAUUUCUUUAGAAUCCCACAAGACACUAUGAGAAGAGGCAAACUAAAUGCACAGGUGUAGAAAUGAAUUGAAUAGCUGGUUUGGGGAGGGAACAUUUUGGUUCUGCUUUUUGGAUGGUGAGGUCUUUCAAGAAUAACAUACAAAUUGUCUCAUAGCCUCAGUGAUUUAGUGCCUAUGAGUUAGCCAUUGCUUUUCACUUGCCUAUGUGGAAGAACACAGAAAUUUCUCUAUUUUGUGGGAAUAUGAGAGACCAGAUAUGAUAUAAACCAAAUGAUGGUUAUUUGUGUACAUUAACUAAAACUUUCUCUCUCAUGCAUUUGAUAGAGGAGGAAACAUUUGGAAUACCAAUAUCUCUGAAGUAGGACAUCCUUAUUCAGAGUAAGUAAUGUAUUCUACUGAAUGCAUUGUGAGGAAUGUUGAUCAUAGUCCUUUCUCUCCUUCGCACCUCUGUAGAAUCUGGAUAGACAAGUAUUGGAAUUUUCAGUGGAUUUAUUUGUGAAGCUGUAUCAUGAUUUUUCUUAGUUAUUUAAUAAAUCUAAGGAUCUUUUGGGAGUGACUGAUGAGCCCAGGUUAGGCUAAAGAAAGAACUCACACAUAUUCCAUCAAGAAAAAAAAAAGAAGCUACCAUGUGAAUAUUUAUUCUCUGGAAGCAGCAAGGUUCUUAAAUUCUUUCAUUUACUCUAGAGGGUUCAAAAGGGCUAAAUCUGUCCAUAACACUCAACGUUUUAAUAGAAAUUGUUGCUCACAUGAAAAAUCUAUACAGAAACAACACUGAAAUAUACAGCCAUCUGUUUAGGAAAGGCAUUGCUCCCUUUGAAUAGAUUUUGAAGUUAAAGAAAGAAAAGAAAAAGUCACCCUAAGGCAACAUUUCAUCCUUGAUGGGGUAUUGAAGUUAAUGUUCACAGGAUAUUAUAAUGUUUUCUUGUCAUCCUGUUGCUGAGAAAUUCUAAAAUGUGAUCAGAUUUAAUUUUCAUUUAUUUGAUCAAAAUCAUGGUUUAGUCAUGUAACUUAUUUCAUUAAAGCUAGCUGAGAAAAGGAAGAGUGGUAGGAAAGUGCAAAUAACAAUUCUGGGAAUACCAUCUCCUGAAUUUUAAUUUAACCAAGUCAAUAUACUAGCCCAGGAAUAGCCAAGCAAGGGGAAUUCCAUCCAAAACUAAGCCCACAUUGCGGAGAAUAUGGAGACAUUUACUGUGUGUGACCUCAAGGACUGUGGCUAUGAAUUAGAAGUUCAUAAAACAUAUACCAUCCCUUACUAACUUAAGCCAUAUCUUUCAUCUGUAUUUGAUUUUUUUUUUUACCCUGGUGCUUUUGCUUCUGUUUAUGCCAAACCAGCCUACUCUCUGUGGGAGGUGAGUCAAACUAGCGGCAAGACAAAUACAAAGACUGUGAAAAACUAAACACACUCUUCUGAAUGCAAUCUCUUCAGAGAACAAUAGUGAUCAAAGUGCAAAUUGUUGGAAAAUAUAGAUAUAUGUACAUCUGUACAUGUAUAUAGUGUAUAUUAUCUAUGUAUAUGUUAUUGCCCAUAUACAGAAAUCUAUCCAUUUGCAGACAGUUUAGGUGGGUCAAUUUUUCUAUUGGAAAACCAUCAAGGGCCAUUCAAAGCCAUUAGGGAUAAUAUGUGGCAAAUAAUAUGGGAAAUCAUUUGCUGUCUUUAGAAGUCCAUUAGCCAAACUGACAAAGCGUGAAACACACUGGGAACACCAUUUGUACUAUCCUCUUUACCUAGCCUCAGAAAAAGCUCUAUAUUUGCGUUAUUAGUAGCGGAUUUGAAAACCACAUUAACGCCUCUUGGUUUUGAGUGCCCCCCCUCUUCUUUCCCUCCCCUCAAGUCUUUUGAGAGUGUGUGGUGGGCUUCUCUGGCUAUUCAGAUAGAGGGCCUCACCCAUGGGUGGACAGGUUUCCCCAUAGGAACCAUGACACAUAUACAUAUAAUUACAUAUUUCCAUCCAGCUUGUAACAAUUGACUGAGAAUCACUCCACAGUAUUGAUAAAUAGUUCUAUAUUUUCAAGGUGCAGAAGAAUUCCACAGCCUUAAUUAUUUCAGUGUCUUGCUGGUCUGCCUUAAGUGUAUCUUUUGGGUUUUUGGUUGUUUCAUGAUUUAAAAAUUUUUCUGCAGUUGUUCAUUUUGUAUGUACACAAUGUCAUUUUGUAAAGGUAGGUUUGUAAAUAUUUUAUUUGUAAGUCAAAAUCAUUCCUGUGUAAUGUUGUAAAGUGAUAACCUGCUGUCUUGUUAUUAUUACUAUGGUAAAUGUUAUGUUAUAGAUGAAACUUCAAAUUGUACAUCU